AUGUGGUUUCCAUCGAUGUCUGCACAUGAAUACCUACCAUGGUCGCCAAGAUGUCUGCUUGCCGAUGGCCAAGGACCGGGCGUUUCCCAAGAUAAUUGGCCCGGCCAGCGAUCGGGAUACCAAGGCUGUGCCCAGGACUUCCAAGAGAUCCCAUUCUACAACCGUAACGGCAUGCACCAUCUACUCGCCCGGAGAACGUCGCAUACGAGGAUUUGCCAUUCCAGCCUCAAGACCGCUUCCCCGACGUGGAUGCUGAUUGGACCGGGCGACGUUGAUUCGAAGCUGAGACCAAAACCUACUCCUACACCGAUCCGAGUCAACGGAGUCAAACAACACUCAUUGUAUCAUUCUUCUCCGAAGUACAGCAGCUUGCAAUGA